AAAUUGGUCCGUGCGGGCGCCCGAAUUUCUGCCUUCCAAGGGCGUUCCCGUCACGCCGUCUCGCAGCUCCCCUCACUGCGUUCCAGAAUUCCGGGCGAUAUAUCCCGUGCUUCCCAUCCAAAGGCUCGACUUGCGUGGCGCUCAUUGCAUCGCACCCUGGCUCAGGAGUGCAACCGAACCGUUGCCAGCUGGCACCAUUUUCCUUUGUCUCGUUAUCUAGUCUGCCCACGGCUUCUGGCGGCAGCCGACGACCUGGCCCUUCUGACAUCCGAACCAUUGGAGAAAACCCCAUAUUGAUCGAAGUUCCAUAACAACUGCCAACAUGUCGCUAUGCCAAAAUCGUCUGCAGGAGGAGCGCAAGCAGUGGCGCAAGGACCAUCCGUUUGGCUUCUAUGCGCGACCGCAGAAGAAUGCCCAGGGCGUGCUUGACCUCAAGGUCUGGGAGUGUGGUAUCCCGGGCAAAGAGAAGACCAUGUGGGAAGGCGGCCUGUUCAAGCUGGUGGUGACAUUUCCCGACGAGUAUCCCACGAAACCCCCCAAGUGCAAGUUUACGCCGCCUCUCUUCCACCCCAACGUCUACCCAUCCGGCACCGUCUGUUUGUCGAUUCUGAACGAAGAAGAGGCGUGGAAGCCCGCGAUUACCAUCAAGCAGAUCCUGCUUGGCGUCCAGGACCUCCUCAACGACCCCAACCCAGAAUCUCCCGCUCAGGCCGAGGCAUACAACAUGUACAAGAAAGACAGAGUGCAGUACGAGAGGCGCAUCAGGCAGAUUGUGCGGGAGAAUGCCGCGCCAUGAAAGGGUCUUGCAGGACUACGUCUUGCGCACGGCCGAAGGGAUAGAACCGGGUAUGGAAUUCUGAUUACGGAGUUAUGGGAUACCAAUGGCGGUGGGCGAUUACAGCAUUUGGAGUUCAGACGGCACGA